AUGAUUUUACCUCAAACUAAACAUCAAAUACCAUUUAUAUGUUUUACCUUUAUUGGUUUUAUAUUAAAUUUUAUUUCAUUAUUUAUAUUUUUAUUUGGUGAUUUAACUAAACAUACAAAAUCUAAUUUAUCAAAAUAUGGUAAAAUUCAGUUAGAUAUAGAUAGUUCUAAUGUAUCUUCUAGAUGUACAAGUAUCAAGUCAACAAGAUCUCGACAUUUAAAACAUUCAAAAAGUUCAUUUAUGAUUAGUUUAAUAUUUUUAUGUGGAUGUGAAGUCAUAUUUAAUUUAGGCGCAUUUAUAUUUAAAUUAAUUCAAGUACUAUCAUCAUAUUUUAUACAUCAAUAUCCAAUAGAUGGAUCAAAGCAUAUACCACCUGAUAUGAAUUUAAUUAUAUUACCAAUUAUACAAAAUAUUUUAAUGUUUAUUGCUGAAAUAGGUUUAUUCUGUCGUAAUUGGUGUGUUUGUUUAAUUACAGCAGCUAGAGCUGAAGUAGUUAUUUGGCCACUAGGUUCACGUUCAUGGCAACGUAUUUUAAGAAAUCCACGAAAAUUUAUUCAAAUCUUUAUUCUAUUAUUAUUAAUAUCUAUUAUAAUAGCUGGUUUAAAACAUACAGAUUAUAUUUCAUUAUUAUGUUAUGAUUCAAUUAAUCAUCAAUAUGGAAUGUGGUCACAAGAAUAUAUGUUCACACAUAAAUCAUUUUCACUAUAUAUGAGUUUUGUUGUUUUACCAUAUCGUGCCGUAAUUACUUGGAUACUUAUUAUAUUAUUCACAGUUAUGAUUAUUAUAAGAUUACGUCCAUGGAGAAAAGAAUCAUCAUUAUUACAAAUAUCUCAAUCGAAAUCAUUAGUUGAUAUACCAAUGGAACAUGAGAAUCCACAACAUGAUGCUGUACGUAAACGUCAAAAAGGUCAAAUGAAAGCUACACGUGUUGUUUUAAUGGUUGCUUUAGCUUUUGGUUUAUUAGAAUGUAUGAAUUUUAUGAUAUCAAUAUGUCAAACAUUUAAUCUCCUUGGUAAUAAUCAUUUAAGUCGUCUGCUUGAAACAAUUGGUAAUACAUUGAUCACCAUUGAUUCAAUAUGUAAUUUUUUUGUAUUUAUUUCAUUAAUGUCUUAUUUUCGUAUAAUAUUUUUACGAAUAUUCUGUUGUAAAACAUUUAAUAAUGAACAGCCCUUGGCAACUAAAAGUACUUCAUGUACUUCAGUAACUCAUUCUAUAAUUGGGAAUAGUUAUCAUAUGGAAAAAUUAAAUACAAAAGUGUAA